CUCCCACAUAUAUACUACAGCACAAAAUCUGAUCAAGCUUUUCCGGUCGGCUAGCCCCAAUUUCCUCUCAAGACCUCUGGCGUUGGAGCAGAGCGGACGCGCAGAGAGCCUGAGGGAGAGAUCCAUAUCGAGGAUCAGCGAGGCAGAAACCGGGGCAAUUAACUCCUAGCCUGCUGUACAUACCACCAACAAAACAACCAAAACCCACACGCCUCCGUACGUUUACAGUUGGAUAAUGCAUCCUGUAGGCGGUUUAACGUGCCCAGGAAGGAGGGCUGUGUGAAGGGGAGAGCAGAAUGGUUCAGCGGAUGGGAGCGCGGUCGCUCCGUGCUCUCCCAUCUGCGCGCCUCCCUGUCCCCGUGAAGCCGCCGCAGAGCCCCCGCCGUCGCCCGUCCUCUUCUCCGCCGCCCAGACGCACUCACCUCCGGGUAUCUGUCCGACUCGUCCUUACAUAACUCGGCGUCUCUCGUGUCGCUCGCACUGACUUCAUUCUCCAAAAAUAGCCACUUAGUGGGAUAGAAACGUCUUGUGUGCCGCCCGAGAAGCAGGAGUUGCAAGCGGGCAAAGGGAGGUGGAGACGCGGCGCGGAUUUUGAAAGCCGGACUCUGGUGCCUUUUUCGGUGGCGGAUUGAAGGACACUCAAAAGUAUGGAAACCCGAGUCCAGCGGUGAUGAGAUCUCCCUCCGAGGAGAUUUCACUGGUGUGCUGCCAGAAGCAUCUGGAAAGGAUAACACAGGGAUACACUCCCCCCUCCAGAGUAUCAGAGGAGAAUUCACAUCUCAGACAUUUCAGUGCUUUUGUUUUAAUUUCAUAUUGUUUUAAAUAACACACUCACUUUUAACUUCUACCUGCUGUGAUUUGGAUCCAUAAGUUUUCUUCCUUGCAUCAGUGGUUUGGACAUGUUGUGCUAACUGGUGCAUUCAGUGAUUGAAGUGAUUUUAAAGGACAAGCCUGCUCACCCAUACACAACCACAGAUUAGUAAUCCUUCAAGGUGUGCGUGGAGCUAUGCAGUGAAGAUGUGUGCAGCCAGGUUCAGUGGCUGCCACAACGGCUGCUCGGAGGAGGCCGCCGCUGGUGCCGCGGGGUCUGCUGGUCCGAUCACGGCCUCCAGGAUGCUGGACUGGACAGAGGCCGGUACCCGCAUCCUCCACAGCCUCGAGAUGGGAACAGUGAUGACUGUCUUCUACCAGAAGAAGUCCCAGAAGCCCGAGAGGAGAACCUUCCAGAUAAAGCAAGACAUGAGGCAGAUAGUGUGGAGUCGAAACCCUGACAAGAUAGAAGGAGAGGUGGACAUACGAGAGAUCCGGGAGCUGCGGUUGGGGAAGGGCUCCCGUGAUUUUGAGCGCUACCCAGAGGAGGCCCGUAAACUUGACACUGCCCACUGCUUCAUUGUACUCUAUGGACUGGAGUUUCGCCUCAGGACGCUCAGCGUGGCUGCCUUCAGUGAAGAAGAGGUCAACAUGUGGAUCACUGGUCUCAACUGGCUGAUGAUCGACACUCAGAAAGCUCCCGCUCCACAACAGAUAGACAGGUGGCUGAGGAAACAGUUUGAAAUCAUGGACAGGAACCACGAGGGCAGCAUCACAGUAAAGGAUGUGAAAGCUCUGCUGCCUCAGGUCAACUACAGAGUCCCCAACAUGCGCUUUCUCAAAGACAAGCUGCAGGAGGUGGAGGUCAGGAGUGACUUGUCGUACCCCAACUUCUCCCAGCUCUACAGAACGCUGAUGUUUGACGCUCAGAAGACUAUUAUUGAGCAGCUGGAGCUCUCCUUCCCACUGCGGAAUGUUGACAGACCAGAGCUUUGUCAGAUCUCCCUCUACGACUUCCAGAAGUUUUUACAGAUGGACCAGAAGGAGUCCUGGGCGUCGGAUCUGAGUCGUGUCAGAGAGUUCCUCACGGGGUACAUGAGGGGCGGACCGCAGCCGGAGCCCAUGCUGCAACUGGAUGAGUUUCUGACGUUCCUGUUCUCUAAAGACAAUUCUGUGUGUGACCCUCGACUUUCACCUGUUGUUGCUGAUGACAUGAAAAGGCCGUUAUCUCAGUACUGGAUCUCCUCUUCACACAACACCUACCUGACAGGUGACCAGUUUUCCAGUGAAUCCUCUUUAGAAGCUUACGCCCGCUGCCUCAGGAUGGGCUGCCGCUGCAUUGAACUGGACUGCUGGGACGGACCUGACGACCUGCCAAUCAUCUACCAUGGCCACACCUUAACCUCAAAGAUCAAAUUCCUGGAUGUGCUGCACACCAUCAAAGAACACGCCUUCGUCACAUCAGAGUAUCCUGUGAUCCUGUCCAUCGAGGACCACUGCAGUGUGGUCCAACAGAGGAACAUGGCCACACACUUUAAGAAGGUCUUUGGAGAUCUGCUGCUCACCAAGCCAGUCGAUAACAACGCAGAGGAGCUCCCCUCACCGUACCAGCUCCGCAGGAAGAUCCUCAUCAAGCACAAGAAACUGGUAGAAGGCACGCUGUAUGAAGAGGUGACGUCAGCCAGCUACUCUGAAAACGACAUCAGCAACUCGCUGAAGAACGGCAUCCUGUACCUGGAAGACCCCAUCGACCACACGUGGACUCCACACUAUUUUGUCCUGACCAGUAAUAAGAUUUACUAUUCAGAGGAGACGUCUCACUACCAGACAGCUGAAGAAGAGGAGGACGAGGAAGUAAAAGAGGAGUGUAACAACAACGAGCAGCACUGUGCAGAGCGCUGGUUCCACGGGAAGCUCGGCGGAGGUCGUGAUGGCCGACAGGUGGCUGAGAAGCUCCUGCAGGAGUACUGCGAGGGCGGGGCCAAAGACGGCACCUUCCUGGUUCGGGAGAGUGAGACGUUUGUUGGAGACUACACCCUCUCGUUCUGGCGCUCUGGUCGAGUCCAGCACUGCAGGAUCCAUUCACGUCAGGAGUCCGGCUCCACCCGCUUCUACCUAACUGACAACCUGGUGUUUGAAAGCCUCUACCGCCUCAUCUGCCACUACAGAGACACGCCUCUGCGCUGCAACGAGUUUGAAAUGAGGCUGGGCAGCCCUGUACCUCAGCCCAAUGCACACGAGAGCAGAGAUUUUGCGUUCUCCAGGUGGUACCACUCCAGUCUGUCCCGUGUUCAGGCUGAACACAUGCUGAUGCGUGUCCCCAGAGACGGAGCUUUCUUGGUGCGAAAACGCAGCGAAAACAACUCCUAUGCCAUCUCCUUCAGGGCGGAGGGGAAGAUCAAACACUGUCGUAUUCAGCAGGAAGGCCGUCUCUUCAUGUUGGGCAGCUCGGCAGAGUUUGAGAGUCUCGUCGACCUUGUGAGCUACUAUGAGAAACAUCCUCUGUACCGCAAGAUGAGGCUCCGGUACCCCAUCAACGAGGACACUCUGGACCGUAUGGGCACCACGGAGCUUGACUACGGGGCUCUGUAUGAGGUUCGCAGCCCUCAUUUCUAUGUGGAGGCCAAUAAGAUGCCCACAGCACGGUGUACGGUCAAAGCUCUGUACGACUAUCGAGCUCAGAGGGAAGAUGAGCUCUGCUUCCCCAAACAGGCCCUCAUCCUCAAUGUGGAUAAGCAGGAGGGCGGCUGGUGGCGAGGUGACUAUGGAGGAAAGAAACAGCUGUGGUUUCCUGCAAACUACGUGGAGGAGGUUCCCAGUUCUCCCACUAGAGAGAUUGUUGAAGCAUCGCAGUCAACAGAGAAUAGUCCUCUUGGAACAUUCCUGAAGGGCUUCAUUGAUGUACCCACCUGCCAUGUCGUGGUGCAUAAGGAUGGGAAGAACUCGCGUCCCUAUGUGUUCACCAUCCACUCCCAGCAGCCCUCGUCUCACCCGGUUCAGACCCUGGACGUGGCAGCCGACAGUCUGGAGGAUGUGAACAGCUGGGUCGCCAAGAUCAGAGAGGCCACACAGAACGCUGAUGCACGGAUGCAGGAGGAGAAGCAAAUGGAGAGGAGGAAGAAGAUAGCGGUGGAGCUGUCUGAGCUUGUGGUCUACUGCAGACCUGUCCCCUUCAACGAGGACAAGAUCGGGACAGAGAGGGCAUGUUACCGGGACAUGUCCUCCUUCCCAGAGACAAAGGCAGAGAAGUUUGCUACACGCAGCAGAGGGAAACGCUUCCUGCAGUACAAUCGCCGUCAGCUUUCCAGAGUUUAUCCCAGAGGACAGAGGCUGGACUCGUCCAACUACGACCCGCUGCCCAUGUGGCUCUGUGGCUCCCAGCUGGUCGCACUCAAUUUCCAAACCCCAGAUAAACCCAUGCAGCUGAACCAGGCCUUGUUCAUGAUGGGAGGUGCCAGUGGUUUUGUUCCACAGCCUGAUGUCAUGAGGGACGAUGCCUUUGACCCUUUCGACAAGGACACCUUACAUGUGGAGCCAAUCACCAUCCAGUUACAGGUGCUGGGAGCCCGUCAUCUCCCUAAAAAUGGCCGCAGCAUCGUCUGUCCCUUCGUGGAGGUGGAGAUCUGUGGAGCUGAUUACGACAGCUGCAAAUGCAAGACAGACGUUGUGGCUGAUAAUGGACUGAAUCCUGUGUGGGUGCAGAAGCAGUUUGUGUUUGACAUCCACAACGCCGCCUUCUCCUUUCUGCGCUUUACUGUCUACGAGGAGGACAUGUUCAGUGAUCCUAACUUCCUGGCACAGGCAACCUACCCUGUCCGUCUGCUACGAACAGGCUACAGGAGCAUCCCUCUUAAGAACAGCUACAGUGAAGAGCUGGAGUUGGCAUCACUACUGAUCCAUAUAGAGAUCGUCAAUGCAAAGGAGGAAGACGAUGAAAACAUGUACAUGACCAUCCAGCGUCUUCGGGAUCGAACCAACGAGUUGUCCAACCAGGUUUCCCUCCUGGAGAGGUCGGGCUCAGGGGAUCUCGGAUACCAGCAGAGUCUGGAGGAGCUCAGAGCCGCUCAGGACCAACUGAGUGAGCUGGUGGAGGCUCGAAACCACAGGCUGAUGGAGAAGAAGAGAAGGGAGAAACUGAGGCAGCAGGUGGCAGCAAAGCGCAGCUAAUUCUCCGAUCCACCAGAGAGCGCAACACAAACGCUGCCACAAGAGCUGUACAGCGACUUCAACACAUUCAUAACUGGAAUAAAAACAAUAUAGUGUGAGACUUGAUAGCACCGGAGCAAAAAGUGACAAAUGUAAGCAUCUCAUGGACUUAAAAAGAAAACCUCACAAAAACUAAGCUAUAAAAACAAUCAUGGACUUAUGGCUAAAACACAAGAGUGAAAUGGCUUUCUUCUGAUGCUUUCAUGGAACAAUACAGACAGGAGAGAUGACGCAUCAGAUUUGUGAAUUUUACAAUCGUUAAUAGAGUUUAAACAACUACUUGCUCAUCAGAAAAUUUCUUGUGUUUUGUAAUCAGAAAUUGUUGAUCGGAAAUAAGCUAAAGAUGCCACCUUGCUUUUAUGUGUAAGGCAACAUCAGGCCUGACUGAAAUAUUGCUUUCUUUACUUGUUAAAGCAAAAUAUAACGCCAUAAAUACAAAUGUACUGGAUUGUUAGUUAUUAAAAUAAUGGUAUCAGAUACCCGAUCCAGUCAUUUUAGCCAGUCUUGCUUCUCAAAACUGAACUGAAGUUUAAAGCUCACCAAGUUCACUCUUACUGUGUUUUGGUCUUAAGGAAAUCUUAAAAUAAAGGGAGGAGAAAACUCAGGUAACACAAAUGGAUGGAAUUAAAGGGAGCCGUGCAAAAAAAGAGUUAAUAUCAUGUAUGUGCCUUUGAUAUUGCGCUUUGUGACUAAGUAAAAGAAAACUUUAUCUACAACUGGAAUAGUGGCUCUUUAUGGAAAACAAACUGGAAGACAAUUCCACUCCUUUGGCUCAGACUACUACUCAUGAAAUGGGUUUAAAAAUGGGAUUUUUAGACUAGGUCUACUCAUCCUAAUUGAAACCAAAUCUUUUUUUGAUAGGUGAUCACAUGAACUAUGUGACAGGAGCCCCUCUCCACCUGCAGUCAGCUUUCCUGUUCUAUCUGGGGGAGCACAAACUGGAUGACCUGUAUUGAAUAAAUCCUCACCAAAUCACACCAAGAAGGUUUUUUAAUACCUCUUCAAAAGGGCUCUCAAUAAACUACCUACAUUAAAGAGGCACAAGUACAGGGGGGGACCACAAUCCUCACAGUGCCCCCUGGAGAUCACCUGCACAGGGGUUCAGAUGUCACAAAAGACAAAAACAAGGGCUAUGAAUGAAAAAUAUCUGAACCACACGACCAAGAUCAGUUCCCAUCAUCUGGCUCUAAUCAACAGAUGUGACUCAACUGGUCCUGGAUCUGCAAAAUAACAGCAUCAAAUGUACCUGCUGCAUGGCUUCAUAUCUAUUCAUGGCCCUCUCCCUCCCAUCAUUCUCCUGUCUAUUGUCACAUUGUACAUAACUUCUUUUAUUUAUAAAACCAGUGGAGAUCUUGUUUUAAUAGAUGAAGGAACAUACUAGGAGAAUGAUAAUGGGCUUCAGAUUAAUGAUACUCUAACUUUAUGUAGAAAUUAAAGUUUUGUGUCCCUUUAAAUGUCAUCAUAGACACAAACCUCUUUCCCCCUAAGCUGCAUUUGCACUGAGUGGGGGCUUCUAUGCAAAAGUUGUCUUCUUGGCCUACAGCCAUUGUUUAUUAGGCUGAUGCUUACUUAGUAUAUUGACUCUGUAUUAAAAUCCUGUGCAAGUAUCCAUUUAAUAAAGC